GAUUAUUUUGCCUGUUCGGAUUUAUCGGGAAUAUAUUAAUUAUAAUAGUGCUCCAAAAAUCAAAACGGAACUCAAACUGUAUUAUAUUACAAGCAUUGGCAGUUUUUGAUAUUGUGUUUCUAAUCUAUACUUUACUGUACACAGUAUUGAGAUCAGUGUAUCCAUACACAGGAUCGUUAAAGUCGUAUUAUGAUUUGGGUGCUUAUAUCAUAGCCUAUGUUUUACCAGUAGGUUGGACAGCACAGACUGGCACUAUUUGGAUGGCUACAGCUGUCACGGUUGAUCGAUUUAUAAUUGUUUCAAGACCUUUUAAGGCCUAUAGAAUGUGCACAAAUACCAACGCUAAGCGAACUGUGGUGGUGAUAUCUGUAAUAGCCGUGUUAUUUAACAUUCCUAGAUGGAUCCAUUAUCAAUAUGUAGCAUUUAAUUCAGGCGGAUUACCAAAUGCCACAUUUGUGUCUCAUCUUUCAGGGGAAGUCACUUUGAAUGGCUGGAAUGAAGACCUUUACAGGUUCAUCUACCAUAUUAUUCUGGCAUUUAUAUUUCUAUUUUCAAUCCCUAUUAUAACAAUGAUUAUCCUGAAUAUAAAACUGGUGCAUGAAAUUAAAAAAUCAAAGAAAUUACAACGCACAUUGACAUGCAUGGUGCAUGAUACAGGGACAGCUGUGAGACAAACAGGGACAGAUGUGAGUCAAACAGUAACAGCUGUAAGGCAGACAGGGACAGCUGUAAGGCAGACAGGGAUAGCUGUGAGUCAAGCCAGGACAGCUGUGGGGCAGACAGGGACAGCUGGAAGGCAUUCAAAUCAUAACACAAACAUCACCUUAAACCUUGUCAUCAUGAUUACAGUUGUAAUCAUUUGUCAAACACCAGACUUUAUAUCAGCAAUUAUUGGAAGCAACAAUGAAUUCUAUGUCCCAGACAACAUUUUGAUUCCAUUUUUGGGCAUCAAGGAAAGUCUUUUAGUUUUCAACUCAACGGUCAAUUUCUAUCUUUAUUGUAUCUUUCAUCCAACUUUUCGAAGACGAUUGCAUCAAAUGUGCAAUUGUAAAGCAAUCAAAAAACCAAUUAAAAAACAGGAAGCGUCGCCUCUAACAAAUAUCACAAGACUUCAUACUGCUCAUGAUAACCUUGCAUUUGUAUCUUCAACAUAUGACCUUGCUAAUUUGAAAAGUGCUCAUGUCAAGUGCAUUAGUUAUAAGUCCCUUGAUAUAUGACUACAAAAAUUGGUGAUUUAUAAGUCUAAGUGAAAAUAAGGAUAUAUCGACAUAUCACUUUUUUACGUAAAUCGCAUGAAUAUUAUCAUCUGUCUUUAAGUUAAACUUACGAUAACAUUUAACAAAGGACGAUAAUGUUUACUUGCCUCUUGGUUGUUUGUGAAUAAGGGGAUAAAAAAUAUUAUUGCUAUAUCUCUAAAGUUCAUGCUCAAGAAGCGUAAAGAUAAUAUAUGUGUAAUCUAUUAUAUAUUCUAUGAAAAAUAAUUUAUAUUAAA